AACGUAGGAUGGGCAUUUUCGUCUUUUUACAUCUCCGAACUUCAUUUUUAAGAGGCCUGGAAUUCUGGAACACGCGUAGUCUCAAAGCCUUGUUUAGCUUUCCAGGGAUCGACUUCAGGCAAACACAAAACAAAAGCAGCUAUGGUUGCCCCCCAAAAGGACCCGAGAGAGGAAGUUAUUCAAGCAUGGUACAUGGAUGAUAGUGAUGAGGACCAGAGACUUCCCCAUCACCGCGAGCCCAAGGAAUUUGUAUCGCUGGACCAACUUGCUGAGCUUGGGGUUCUCAGCUGGCGUUUAGAUGCUGAUAACUAUGAAACAGAUGAGGAGUUGAAGAAGAUUCGUCAAGAACGUGGUUACUCCUACAUGGACUUCUGUGAGGUUUGCCCUGAAAAGCUUCCAAAUUAUGAGGAGAAGAUAAAGAACUUUUUUGAGGAACAUCUUCACACUGAUGAGGAGAUCCGCUACGCUGUGGCAGGAAGUGGUUAUUUUGAUGUUAGGGACCGUAACGAACGCUGGAUUCGUGUAUGGGUGAAAAAGGGUGGAAUGAUUGUUUUGCCUGCUGGAAUUUAUCACCGCUUUACUUUGGACACAAGCAACUACAUAAAGGCAAUGCGGCUUUUCAUUGGUGAUCCAAUUUGGACUCCAUUCAAUCGCCCUCAUGAUGAUCUUCCAGCAAGGGAGGAGUACCUCAAAACUUUUGUGCAUAAAGAAGCUGGUGAACAUGCAGUUUCAGCCUGAAAUCUGGCUUUGGUUCUAUAAAUAAUCUACCAUGUUUUGGGUUUGAUAAAUAUAUAUCUGUAUCACGUCAGAUGUGCCUGGUGGCUCCAUGGUGUUGCCUAAAAUGCUUGUUUUGUAGAAGCAAUAAAAUCUGAUUAUUAUUAUGUGUUGA